AUAUAAUGUACCUCAAAUAAUCUUAAACUGUAUACGAUAUAUAUAUUCGGACACAUUUACCAUAUUAUCUAACACUCUAGGCGUAAUAUGAGAUUGUUUAGUGAUGCUUAAUGUUAUACGUAACUCGACCGGGUUGAAAUGAGUCUAAACAGAUGAUAGAGUCAGAAAAAAAUUCUUCAACCGGAAACACAAAAUGAACAACCACACCAACACGAUGAGCAUAUUGGCCUAUGUCCAGAUGUCAGAGACGUAUCCAGCAAGAAAGCGCAUUAUUGUAAAAAAAAAAAAAAGCCAAAAUUUGUACAUAAAAGAAACGAAAGUAAAACACAGAACAGAGGUAAAGUGAAAGUGAAACGAAGCUGUGGACGUGUGAAUACUCGAACAAAAUUGCAAAGGCAAACUCGGAUUUAAACUGUCUUAAAUCAUCUUAUGACUAACGUCGAGACACCUAUGGACCACCAGAAACUAACAAAAUACUACAUCGAGACCCGAAACGAGUAUAGCUUCGUCUGUGUGUGCAGUCGGAAAAGUGAGACACUGGAUGUUUCUGGCAUUUAGCAGAGUGGCGGAAACUUAGCAUUUCCUAAGAAACGAAACUUUGCCCCAUUAGCAGCUGUGUGUGUGAGGUAGAGCCUGUGUGGAAUAAGCUGAGGAAAAUGGCUGAAGCUUUUGUGAAAGACCACGAUCCAUUUCGCUGUUCGGUGUGUCUGGAUCCACUGAGAAUUCCAGUCACCAUUCCAUGUGGACACAGUUACUGUAUGAGCUGCAUUAGUGCCUGCUGGGAUCAGGAAGAUGAGAAGGGUGAGUACAGCUGCCCCCAGUGCAGAGAGUCCUUCACCCCAAGGCCUGUUCUGCGUAAAAGCACUAUGCUGGAUCAGUUGGUGGAGGAGAAACUGAAGAUGGCUGAGGUUCAGGCUCAGGCUGCUCCUUCUGCUCCAGGAGAUGUGGAGUGUGACAUCUGCACUGGGAGGAAACGUAAAGCUGACAAAUCCUGUCUGGUGUGCCUGGUGUCUUUUUGUCAAAUCCAUAUCCAGCCUCAUUAUGGUGCUCCUGCCUUGAAGAAGCACAAGUUGGUGAAUGCCUCCACACAGCUAGAGCAGAGAAUCUGUUCUCAGCAUGACAGGCUUCUAGAAAUGUUCUGUCAAACUGAUCACAAAAUGAUCUGCGUUUUAUGUGCCAUGGAUGAACACAAAGGUCAUGACACAGUCUCACCUGCAGUAGGGAGUGAAGAGAGAGAGAGUCAAGUGGCAGACGUAAAGAAGACAUUACAACAGAGGAUCCAGGAGAGAGAGGAGGAGGCACGGGAACAGAAAAAGACUUUGAUGUCUCAUAAGCGCUAUGCAAAAGCAAUAAAGGACCAAAGCAACGAGAUCUUCUCUUCGCUAUGUGAGGUGGUCAAGAGGAGGCGUGUCGAGGUUAAAAGGCUGAUCAGAGAUCAGGAGCUGACAGUUGUCAGACCCAGGGAAAAAAUCCUGCAGGAGCUGGAGCAGGAGAUCGCUGAGCUGAGGAGAAAGGAUGAUGAGCUGGAGCGGCUCUCGUGCGAGGACCACCUCCAGGUUUUUCAGACUCUGCAAUUUCUCUCUACUCCUGAUACCAAAGAACCAUCUAGUCAUGUUGACGAACCUAACUUAAAAGACCUGUAUCCAUCAAUAACUGAGCUGAAGAAAAGCGUCGAAAAUAUCUGCACAAGCAUCAGGUCAUUGGUUUCUAAAGAAGAGUCCACCAUCCACAUUGACGUUCAUGACUUUAGCCAACUCAGUGAGAAGGAGAUCAGUCCUUUCGUCUUUGUUCGCAACAUGGCCUGGAACAUCAUGAUUUCACCGAUUUCCAGACCCGACACUGCACCGCCACAGAAGCGUUUGGGUUUCUAUCUGCAGUGUAGACCUAUUACAGGCUCUGAGUCAUGGUCAUGUUUGGCACAAGGAACGCUAAAGGUCGUCAACCACAAAGAUGAAACACAGUCCAUAUGUCGGAAAUUCAGCCAUUGUUUCACCAACAAAAAAGUUGACUGGGGCUUCGCCAAUUUCAUGCCAUGGAAUCGUGUGAUCGACCCAGAACGGGGAUUUCUCAAAGAUGGCGGAGUUUCCUUCAUGGUCGUUUUUCGGACUGAUGCUACUAAGGGGAUAUAGAGGGGGAAACAACAAUGUGAAAAGGCUAUAGUUCUGUGUUCUAGUGAAGGAAUACAUAUCCAUACCUAUAUCCAUACAUACCCAGGGCCAUCACAGAACUAAAUAACCACACAACCCUCCUACCCUCCACCCAGCACAACUGCACUUUCACUCUGUGCCAUAUAUGAUGUCUUGAUGAUCUCCCUAUUUAUGUUUUUAAUAUAUUUAUGUGUGAAUGCGUGGGGUUGCAAGCAUGCUUUAAUGUGCUUUAGUGUGGUUGAAGGAUGAAUGUGGAUGUAAGCAUUGUUUUUUUUAGUGGUUGCACAAGCAAAUUUCGUUGUGUAUCUAAUGCACAAUGACAAAUAAAGUCUAUUCUAUUCUGUCCUUGGUUGAGGACUUGUUUACUGUGAACAAUGUUGAACAUUUCACUCUGCCUAAAACCUGCAAGUUACAUUCGUUUAUCAGAGCUUUUUAAUUUGACUAAGGAAAAUUUUUGUUGUGUUGAUUUGUAAUUGGAGAUAGAUCAUGUUGUUUAUGCAGGUGGUUCAGGGGUAGGGUACUGGGAUGAUGAAUGCAAUACACCACAGUACUACCAUGCAAGAAUUCUUUACAAGUAGUUCUUCACAGUGGUUCUUCACAGUAGAUCUUCACUGUAGUUCUUCACUGUAGUUCUACACUGUAGUUGGCUUUGAAGGCAUAAGGUUGGCUGCCUGUACCUAAACAUUUUGUUGAUUUCACUUCUCUCCAGUGACCUCCACCUCCAUUUGAUUCCUUAUCAUUAUCAUUCAGUGUCUGCCAGAGCUCACAAGAAAACCUUAGACAAAAUCUGGUUCACUCAAAAAUAGCCUAUAAACAUUAAUAUUAUAUGGACUACAGCAGGUUGAUAGGAACUGAACAGGAACCUUAACAUGAACUAUAAUGGCUGUUUUGGAUUUUUACUAAUGCGUCCCUUCUACAAUGCUUCGGAUUGAGGCAUCCUCCAUACACUAAAAAUACAUACAAAAUGUACACAUUGAAGAAUAAGAUCCUUUGUGUCCGCCUAUAGAUAAAAACUGAGUGUUUUUCACGUGAGCUUUCGAAUGCUCUCACAAUUAAUAUGUAUGGCUAUUCGACACACUUAUCUAAAAACCAGGCUAGUUCGGAUCAUC